ACCGGUUUGGAAGGCAACGUACUGAAAACAGCAUGCAAUAAAUUAGCAGUUGUUUUUGUUGAAGGAAGGAGUGAAGUUUUUUUUUAUUUUUUACAAGUUAGUCCUUGAGUAUAAUUUUACCUGGUGGUAAGUGAUGAUGCAAUCUAAGAUGGAAGCGGGCUAACUUAUUAGGAGGAUUAAAAUCUGAAUGAUGAAAUAGCAUCUACAGUCAUUGGAAAUCUAUAGAAUUAAUGGAUAAUAUAUAGAAACGUCGAAAUGCAGCUGCUAACAAGGUUCAGCAAAGAGAUCGCAAACAUUUUAGCUCUUGAGUGUUUAAUUAAAACAGUGCCUUGACAUAAUUGAAAUCACACACAGAUGUUGUGACAACAAUGCCUACACAAACACUAAGCAAACUAUUAUAAACAGAUUUAAUUUAUUUAGCUGUAAUUUAACUAAACCGCAAGAUGGUUUAACUUAUAAACAAACCCUCUAAUGCAAAUGGUAUUUUAAUAUUAAAACACUAUGCUAAAAACAUUGAUAUUGUUUUACUCUACAUUUUAAGCUUUUAUAUAAACAAUAUAAUAAUUAGUAUUAAUUGAAUACACAUAACUAAUCUAAAGAUCAUUAAAAUUUCAUUCACAUUAAAAUAAUUGCAUUGUUUAUAUUUUUCCUAUUGAUAUAAGGUUAAGGCCUGGGAAGUAGGUUCUUACCUACUAUAACUUCUCGUACAUAGUAUAUAUUUUCUCGUAUAUAUUUUCAUCUUUGUUAUUAGUGUACCAAUCAUCAUCAUCAAUAUCAUCAUAUCAGCUGAUGGACGUCCACUGCAGGACACAGGCCUUUCAAACAUCACGAUUCUGAGCUACCUGCUUCCAGCGAAUCCCUGCGACUCGCUUGAUGUCGUGAGUCUACCUGGUGGGGGGUAGACCAACACUGCGUUUUCUAAUGUGGUCACCAUUCCAGCACCUUAGGACCACAACGUACUUUGGCUUUUCGAAGUAUGUGCCGUGCCCAUUGCCACCUCAGCUUUGCGACUUGUUGUAAGAAUAGAAAUAUUGGAAUUCAUUCCUUUUUGAAAAUUCUAAAUAAUAAUUCAAAUUAUAGAUGCGAUGCAGCUCAAGGGUUAAGUAUGGAAGCGCGGAUUUCGUAAUGUCACGAAACAGCUUUCUUACGAAUAUUAUAAACUCAGCAGAUUUGCGUUGAACCGCCUUCUAGCGUUUGUUUUAAAAAUGGGCAUAUGCUUUAGAUGUGUUUCAUUUCUGUUGUGUAUUCUAUUUAUAGGAACAAGUUGUGAAUAUUUUAACACGAAUGCAGCGUUCGGAGUGAGAAACACUCGCGUAAGGCGUCAAGCUGGGACAUCGGCGCUACAAAUGUACUAUGCAUACCCCGCACCUGCAGGCGGCUCAGCUAACACUGGCUACUCCUCCGGUUCUUCGGCGUCCAGUUCCACAGCGACCGCAGGGGCAGGGCAGGGCAGGAGUGGUUACAACUACAACGCUGCUCAAACCAAUGUAGCUGGAUCUACGGGAAGUAUAUCAGGAUCAGAUGCCACUGGUUAUAACUAUGAUUCAGUGUCGACAGGAGACACUGGAGCGACAUCAACUGGAGCUGGAGGUGGCUCAGCCAACGGGUAUAAGUACAGUGGAGCACAGAGUGGCACCUCAGGAUCUGUAGGUUCUACGGGAAGUAGAGGAGAAAGUGAUGGCUAUAGAUACAGUACUGGACGAAAUACGGCUUCAGUGUCCACUGGAAGCUCUGCCAGUGUUUCUACGGGAUCCGAUGGUUAUAGGUAUAAUAGUGCUGCACAAAAUACUGGUACGGGUUCUUCAGGAGGCACUUCUGAAGGAGGUAAUGGGGGAGGAGGAUAUAGGUACAAUGCAGCUCAGAAUGCUGUUUCAAGUUCAGCGGGAGGAUCAACAUCAACCACUUCUGGGGGUGGAAGUGGCAGAGGUGGAGGUUACAGGUACAGUUCUGCACAGAGCACUGCCACAGGUGGUGCUACAGCAGUUACUUCAGGAGGUGGGGGUGGUUAUAGAUAUAGUGGUGGUACUCAGAAUACUGUUGCUGCAACUGGUGGAAGCUCAACUACAUCUACUGGUUCAGCAUCAGGUUCCUCUGGCUAUAACUACGAUGGAGCUACACAAAACACUGCCUCAAAAACAGGAGGUACUGUAACUACGGGGGGAGGAUCAGUUUCAGGCGGCUACAAUUAUGAAGUACAAAACUCAGGAAACACUGGAACCCAAACGGUAACCUCUGUAUCGAAUCUAUAUAAUGCUCCAUCAAGAGAAUCUAAUACUGCUGUUGUUGAUACUAUCUCAACAAAUGCGCCACAAUAUUUACCACCUACAUCUGGAGGUGGUAGCGUAACUACCAAUACUCAAGCUGUGGUAGAAACGCCAGUCAUACCACCAUCCGAUCAAUACCUACCGCCACGUACUUCCUCAAUAACAAUGCAAGUUGCAACUACGGCCUCAGUAUCUGGACCAAGUGCUACAUAUUUACAACCGAACACCCAACAACAAACAAAAACUUCAACCGCUGCUGUCACAGGGCCGAGCACGACUUACUUGCAACCAAAUACCCAGCAACAAACAACAACAUCCACCGCUGCUGUCGCAGGACCGACUCAACAACAAUCAACGACUUCUACUGCUGCAGUCUCAGGGCCAAGUGCUACUUACUUGCAGCCAGGUACCCAACAACAAACAAAUACUAAUGCUGUUGUCUCAGGACCAAGUUCUACCUACCUGCAACCAAGUACUCAACAACAAACUACUACUAAAGUGAAUGCUGCUGUAUCUAGACCUACAACUAGUUACCUACAACCGGCUACUCAAAACCAGUCGUCCAACCAGGCUCAAGUUACUGAGCAAACUGUACAAAUAGCACCAGCACAAGAUUACCUGCCUCCCGUUGAAAAUACUGCCACACAAAUAUCAGUUUCAACACCGGCAGCAACGUAUUUACCACCUGUUUUUAAGUAAUACUGAUUUAUUUCGUUUUUUUAUUUAUUUAUCAACUUUACUUAGAUAGGUACAAGUUUAUUUUAAAAUUCUGAUUUAUUUAUAAAAUAUAACCAUUAAAAAAAUUUUAAAAAACAUUAUUUUAUUUUACCCUCUUACAUAAUG